AAACCCUAGCUCUGUAUCUCUGUAGCAUGUUUCUGCUGUCUCUCUUUCCCUUUCCCUUCCACUGCAUGUAUAGUAAUGUAAAUCACAACUUUAAACAAGAAUAAAAAUACCCAUUAAUCUAAGCUUGUUAAUUUCCUCUCAAAUGGCUUAUCUCUCCCUUUCUAAACCCUUUAAAGCUCGGGUUUUUCCCAUUAUACCUAGACUCUCACUUCCCGAUUUCCUUACUCCUGUACACUUCUGCACUUCAACGCAAGAUCAAAUCUCCUCCGCCGCAGAAAUCCCGCCAGCCAAUCCACAACAAGAAUCACAAGUCGAGACCCCAAAUGCUGUUCAAGAGAAUCAAAGUCAGCAGCGAAUACCGCGAAUUCCACGAGGUAAGCGUCCAGAACCAGAAAAAUUAGAGGAUAUAAUUUGUAAAAUGAUGGCGAGUCGGCCAUGGACGACUCGGUUGCAAAACUCAAUUCGGGAUUUGGUUCCUGAAUUUGAUCAUUCAUUAGUUUAUAAUGUUCUACAUGGGGCUCGUAACUAUGAGCACGCGCUUCAGUUCUUCAGGUGGGUUGAGCGGGCUGGAUUAUUUCGACAUGACCGUGAAACCCAUAUGAAGAUUAUUGAGAUUCUGGGUCGAGCUUCGAAGCUCAACCAUGCAAGAUGCAUUCUUUUGGAUAUGCCAAAAAAGGGUGUUGAGUGGGAUGAGGAUAUGUUUGUAGUUUUAAUUGAAAGUUAUGGCAAAGCUGGGAUAGUUCAAGAAGCUGUUAAGAUAUUUCAGAAAAUGAAUGAAUUAGGUGUUGGGAGGUCUAUUAAGAGUUAUGAUGCGGUGUUUAAGGUGAUUUUGAGGAGAGGGAGGUAUAUGAUGGCUAAAAGAUUUUUUAAUAAGAUGUUGAGUGAAGGGAUUGAACCAACUAGGCAUACUUAUAAUAUCAUGCUUUGGGGAUUCUUCUUGUCAUUGAGGCUUGAAACUGCAAUGAGGUUUUAUGAGGAUAUGAAGAGUAGAGGGAUAUCUCCUGAUGUGGUUACUUAUAAUACAAUGAUUAAUGGAUAUUAUAGGUUUAAAAAGAUGGACGAUGCAGAGAAGUUGUUUGUGGAGAUGAAGGGUAGCAAUAUAGCUCCUACAGUUAUAAGUUAUACUACUAUGAUUAAAGGGUAUUUUGCUGUUGAUAGAGUCGAUGAUGGGUUGCGGUUGCUUGAGGAGAUGAAGGAAUUUGGUAUUCAGCCUAAUGCUUAUACUUAUUCGACUUUGUUGCCUGCGCUUUGCGAUGCUGGGAAAAUGACUGAGGCUAAAGAUAUUUUGAAGGAGAUGGUUGGGAGGCAUCUUGCUCCAAAGGAUAAUGCCAUAUUUAUGAAGUUGUUAUCUAGCCAGUGCAAGGCUGGAGAUCUGAGAGCUGCUGAGGAUGUACUUAAGGCAAUGAUCCGAUUGAGCAUACCAACAGAAGCUGGUCAUUAUGGUGUCUUGAUAGAGAACUUUUGUAAGGCUGAGGAGUAUGAUCUGGCGGUGAAGUUUUUGGAUAAGCUUAUCGAGAAGGAAAUUAUAUUGAGGCCACAGAGCACUUUGGAAAUUGAGUCCAAUGCUUAUAAUCCAAUGAUUCAGUAUCUGUGCAGUCAUGGGCAAACAGGAAAAGCAGAAAUCUUUUUCAGGCAGCUGAUGAAAAAGGGUGUUCAAGAUCCAGAUGCCUUUAAUAAUUUGAUCCGUGGGCAUGCAAAAGAAGGAUCUCCUGAUUCUGCUUUUGAAAUUUUAAAGAUAAUGGGUAGAAGAGGGGUCCCUAGAGAUGCAGAUGCUUACAGGUUACUCAUUGAAAGCUACUUGAGGAAAGGUGAGCCUGCUGAUGCCAAAACAGCUUUGGAUGGUAUGAUUGAAGAUGGACAUGUUCCAGAUUCGUCUGUUUUCAGGUCAGUGAUGCAGAGUUUGUUUGAUGAUGGGAGGGUUCAAACUGCUAGCCGGGUUAUGAAGAGUAUGAUUGAGAAGGGGGUGAAGGAGAAUAUUGAUUUGACGGCCAAGAUAUUGGAAGCUCUACUCAUGAGAGGCCAUGUUGAGGAAGCCCUUGGAAGAAUUGAGCUGCUAAUGCACAGUGGAUGUUCUGUCAAUUUUGAUGCUCUUCUGUCUGUUCUUAGUGAGAAAAGCAAGACCAUUGCUGCAGUUAAGUUGUUGGAUUUUGCAUUGGAGAGGGACUUUAAUGUAGAUUUUAAGAGCUAUGAUAAAGUCUUGGAUUCUCUCUUAGCUGCAGGUAAGACCCUCAAUGCAUAUUCAAUACUGUGUAAAAUCCUGGAGAAAGGAGGGGCCACAGAUUGGAGUAGCAGUGACAACUUGAUAAAGAGCCUUAAUCAGGAGGGUAAUACCAAGCAAGCAGAUAUCCUUUCAAGAAUGAUCAAGGGAGGAGAGAAGUCUCGUGACAACAAGAAAGGAAAGAAGCAAUCUUCUUUUGCUGUCUAAUUUAAAUGAUUUUGAUUUGGUUUAGAGGACCAAAAUUGGUUGAUCUUCUAUAGAAAACUAUAAGUGCUUACUUUUUUGAAAUGAUAACUAGUUUCUUUUGAAGCAGAAUAAAUUCUGAGGGAAGGAAUGCAGCAUGUUUUGUUCUCAAUCAUUUUGAGGAUACAGUGGUAUCCCUUCAAACACUAAUCCUGUUUCUAUUUGAAAUAUUGUUGAAGAGUAGAACAGUUAGCACGUUCUGAAACAAAUACUCUUAUAUAGUUUGUUUGUUACUCCAGCUUAUUAAUUUCACAAAAGAAGCAUUUCUACA